GACGCCCCGGCCCGCCCCGCUCCUCCUCCUGCCUGGCCAGGCUGCCUCCCAUUUGGGAAGUUUUUUGGGUUUUCUUUUCUCCUCCUCCAACCUUGUUGGAGGCCACUGCUCCAGCCGCACAGCCAGGGGCGGCCUCCUCGCCUGGAGGCCGCGGACCAUGGUGCGAGGCAGCCACCGCUGAAGUCAGCAAAACCCAGUCUAGCCUAACGCAGGCUGCGCGGAGGCCAAGGCCAUGGCCAUUGCCACGUCGGUCCAGCUGGCCAGGGCAUUAUACGACAACACGGCUGAGUCCCCCCAGGAGCUGUCCUUCCGCCGAGGGGACGUCCUGCGAGUGCUGCAGAGGGAGGGCGCCGGCGGGCUGGACGGCUGGUGCCUCUGCUCCCUGCACGGCCAGCAGGGCAUCGUGCCUGCCAACAGAGUGAAGCUCCUUCCUGCCGGGCCGGCACCCAAGCCCAGCCUCCCCGCAGCACCCCAAGCCCCACAGCCCAGCAAAGAGGACCAGGAGGUGUACGUGGUGCCACCCCCAGCCCGACCCUGUCCUGCCUCAGGGCCUCCGGCUGCACCUUGCCCACCCUCCCCUGACUCCAUCUACAAGGUCCCCAGAGGCAGCGCAACCCAGCUGGUGGCCCCGGGAGACACCCUGGAGGUCUAUGAUGUGCCCCCCACUGCCCUCCGUGUGCCUUCCAGCGGCCCCUACGACUCGCCGGCCUCCUUCUCCCGCCUUCUGGCCCGGGGUGCCUCCCAGCCCACUGGAGAGGAGGAAGCCCCCUAUGAUGUGCCGCUGGCCCCAAAGUCACCGACAGAGCCGGAGCCCGACCUAGAGUGGGAGGGGGGCCGAGAACCCGGGCCCCCCCUCUACACUGCGCCCUCCAACCUGAAGCGGGCCUCAGCGCUCCUCAACCUGUAUGAAGCACCCGAGGAACUGCUGGCAGACGGGGAGGGCGGAGGCACCGAUGAGGGCAUUUAUGAUGUGCCCCUGCUGGGGCCCGAGCCACCGCCUUCUCCAGAGCCCCCAGGAGCCUCGGCCUCCAAAGACCUGGACACCUUGUCCCAGUUUCUGCCCAGAAGCCCCCCACCCCAACACAGGCCUCGGCUGCCCUCCGCCGAGAGCCUGUCCCGCCGCCCUCUGCCCGCCCUGCCUGUCCCAGAGGCCCCCAGCCCCUCUCCGGCUCCCUCUCCUGCCCCAGGCCGCAAGGGCAGCAUCCAGGACCGGCCCCUGCCUCCACCCCCACCCCGCCUGCCUGGCUAUGGGGGCCCCAAGAUGGAGGGGGACCCAGAGGGUGGGGAUGUGGAGGACGACCCCACAGGACCCCACAACGAGUAUGAGGGCAUCCCGAUGGCCGAGGAGUAUGACUACGUCCACCUGAAGGGCAUGGAUAAAGCUCAGGGAUCCAGGCCCCAAGAUAAGGCCUUCCCGGGGGAGCCUGAACUGCUGGAGAGGGGGCUGCCGGAGCAGCAGGAGGCCCUGUGCCCAGGGGAGCCGCUGGCUCUGUCCACUGCAGAUCUCCAGCUGCUGCAGUUCUACGCAGGCCAGUGCCAGAGCCACUUCUCCGCGCUGCAGACGGCGGUGGCGGCCCUGAUGCGCAGCACCCAGGCCAACCAGCCGCCGCGCCUCUUUGUGCCUCACAGCAAGCGGGUGCUGGUGGCCGCCCACCGCCUGGUGUUUGUAGGGGACACCCUGGGCCGCCUGGCAGCCUCUGCGCCUCUGCGAGGACAGGUUGGGGCUGCAGGUACAGCGCUGGGCCAGGCCUUGCGGGCCACCGUCCUGGCCGUCAAGGGGGCUGCCCUGGGCUACCCCUCUGGCCCUGCCAUCCAAGAGAUGGCGCAGUGCGUGGCAGAACUGGCAGGGCAGGCCCUGCGAUUCACCACUCUGCUCACCAGCCUGGCCCCCUGAGGGGCCCUUGGCACCUCCCGGCCUGCAGAGCUCCUCCAGGUCCUGGGGGCAGGGGGGGGGUCUCUGUGCUAGGGGCCAGGAGAGUGGAGGUAUCUUUCCUGCCCCUUCUCGCCAUCUCAGCCUCUCAAAGGCGUCUGUUGCUCCCCUCACCUGCAGUUUUUUGUACGAGCCAUUUUGUAUAAAUUAUUUAUAUUUAAUAUGAUCCCCUGCUUCGUCAGGGGCAGGCACCAGGCCCUCUGGGCAGGGAGGAGCUGGCCUCUUGAGCCCUCAGCCUGGGGUGGAGGUUGCUGUCCAGCAUCGGUGCCUCGGUUAGGGAGCGAGGGCCGGCCGUGGAGUCCCCAGAAUGAAAGUCUGGGAAAGAGCCCAGCACCCCUCCCUGCUGAAGGCAGGAGGACUGGGCCUCUGGCGCGGAUGCUCUUCAAUAAACU